AUGGCAGAUCGCAUCGCAAUCAUGGGACCCGGAGCCGUGGGCAGCUAUGUCGGCGCUUUCCUGGUCCAGGCUGGCGACGACGACAUCACUUUUAUUGAUAUGUGGCCCGAGCACGUUGAAAAAAUGCGCACCGUGGGUCUGCGCGCCAGUGGCAGUCAGGGCGACUUCACCGUCCCCGUCAACGCCAUGCACCUCACCGAGGCGCAAAACAUCACCGAACCAUUCGACUACGCGUUCAUCACCGUCAAGUCGUACGACACCGAAUGGGCCACCCAUUUCAUCAAGCGCUACGUCAAGGACGAUGGAGCCUUCGUUUCUAUCCAGAACUGCUGGAACGACCCGACCAUUGCUUCCAUCGUGGGUCCAGAGCGCCAGUUGGGUUGUAUCGCCUCUCACAUCGAGGUUGCCCUCUGGGAGCCCGGCCACGUCAAUCGGGGCGGAGAACCCGGACGCGAACAAGGCCACACCGUGUUUCGCGUGGGUGAAAACAGCGGGCAGGUUACAGAGCGUGCCAAGGCCAUCGUCGCCAAGCUUGACAAUAUCGAUGCCGCCUACGCCACCGAUAACCUGUGGGGGGAGCGGUGGGCCAAACUCUGCCAGAACGGCAUGGGUAACGCCAUCUCUGCCAUGAGCAAACUGGGCAGCCAGGAAAUGGCCGAAGAUGCUCGCAUUCGACGCAUCCGCAUCCAGCUGGCCAAAGAAGGCACUCAGGUCGGCCUCGCCCAGGGCCUCAAGGUCGUGGACAUCAACGGCAUCCCCGCCGAAUUCUGGGCUGACGCCGACAAGGGCGACGUUUUCGAAGAACUGGAUGGGAGACUGUCGGAGUCCGGCGGGCGGGUUAACUGGCUGGCUUCCAUGGCCCAGGACGUCCACAAGGGCCGCAAGUCCGAAGUAGACUUUAUGAACGGUCUCAUCUGCGACAAGGGCCGUGAAACCGGCGUCGCCACCCCUUACCACGACGCCAUCGUCGAAGCCAUGCGGUUGGUGGACAACAAAUCCAUUGUCGCCGGUCCCGAAAACGUUGACCGUGUCGUUCGCGCCAUCGGAGAUCAAUAG